AUGUGGCGCCACUUGUCCCAACCUGAGGCAGACGAGACACCUCUUCUAUCUCGAACACACUUUCCCUCUCUGAUUCGGAACCAGAUAUUCCCAUCCAGGCUGUAUGCCUUAACCAAUUUCACUUCACUACUACAACUGGCGGGGGCAAUCAUGAGAGACAGAGGGCAAGUCGGUCCGAAUGGAUCUUUAGAUGGCAACAAUAGAAGCCAAAGAAAUUGUCCAUCUCAUGGCACCGAUUUGGUUAGCACUCCGGAGCAUCUACGUCCGGGAUUUCGUGGACAUCGGGCACAUCGUUACGAUCCCAGUGACUUUGGGCUGACUGGCAAUGAGGAAUGGCGGCAUCCAAGGAUGUUUAGGGAUAUGACAUACGAAACGGAUGCUGCGGCCAUGGAGACGUUCCGGCAGGCGCAGCCACGUCGUCCACCGUAUGAGAUGGGCAUUAAUCUAAGUAAUUUACCGGAGGAGUACUUGGCGGAUAUGUCGGCGCCGGGUUUUGAUCUCAGUCUGCCAUCACAGAUGUCCGAGAUGCGUGGAGAGUUAUUGGACGAUGUUUCCGCUCCGAAUAUGUACGAUGUCUCGAAUAAUGGUGGGACUAGCCAUGCGGAUAAUGUAUAUGAUGAUAUUCUGGAUCGGUUUAAGAGCAUAAAAGAACGUAUUAAUCGAACUAAUCAACUCCAUCGAACGGGUGACUCGGUUGGAAUGCAAGAGUUGACUACGCAUCGUAGGAUAUAUACACAUCGCGAUCCAAGUGGAAAUAUCACCAGUCAUGUAGAUGAGACAACGGUCUCGAAUACAUCCUCUAUGGACUUCACACCGGCAAUUGAGGGCGGUGAGCCGGGACGACGUCUUAACUUUUCGUUGCCAAGUCGAUUUGAGAGCCAGCUAAUGGAUGAGUCAAUGCCCUCAUAUCACGAUGCAUCGAUGCCAAAUGAGUGCUUGGAAGUGAUGUCCUCCCAGGACAAUUUAGAGAAUGAGACAAUGCCAGCGUUUGAAUCAUCGUUUGGUCCAACUUUAAGGAGUCAGAAUAUACUUUCCCGAAGACAGCUGACAAUGCCCAGUGAGUGCCUGGAUGAUGUUACCCAGCCCUCCUUCGAAAGGAGUAGGUCUCGUAGACAAAGUCAUCCCAGAAGAUUGAAUCAGCUAUCGAUGGCUUCUCAAAACCUUUGGGACGUAACGGCGCCAUCGUUUGGAAACACCACAGCCAGGGAACAGACUAACAAUGAAUGCCUGGAGGAUAUUUCAAUGCCAGCCUUUGAAGGUGUUGUUUCUAAUGUUUCCCGGAGCAGAAGUCUCGGUCAAAGGCAGAGAUCCAGAAAUACGCGAAAUAUUAGCGAAAUAUCUGCCCCAAUUUUCGCUAGUUCGAGACGCGGUCAAAUGACCAAUGAAUGUCUGGAUGACAUGACCAUGCCAUCGUUUGGAGGAAUAUCGAAUCUGUCAACGAACCGAAGUCACCGUCAAUUGCAGCGGUCGAUGUCGAAUGGAAACAUCAAUGAUAUAUCCCAACCCACAUUCGUAAGCUUUUCCAGAGGACCCAUGACUAAUGAAUGUCUAGAUGAAGUCACCAUGCCAUCUUUCGGUGGAAUGCCAAUGGAUGCUUCUUCUAUGGGAAGGAUGUCCAGAAGGCAGUCUUUAAGUAGAAGAGAAGAUAUGCCCAGUGAAUGUCUGGACGAUAUGACGAUGCCAUCUUUUGGGGGAAUUUCAAGGGCGUCAAGAAGUCAAAGUCUUGAUCGUCACCUGAGAUCCAUGCCAUCGAGGAGGAUGACGAACGAGUGUUUGGAUGAUAUGACUAUGCCAUCGUUUGGUGGUGUUUCCGGAUCAUCGGGAAGGCAAAUGACUUUGCCAAGCGAAUGCCUGAAUGAUGUUAGUGCGCCAUCCUUCGGGAGGAGCAGUUCGCGUGGAUCAAGUCGCCGGCAGAAGUCCAUGUCGGCCAAGAAUAUUUGCGAUACAUCUGCGCCAUCGUUUGCCAACACUAUUAAAUAUGGUGAUGAGUGCUUGGAGGAUAUGACAAUGCCAUCUUUCGGAGGAGUAUCGGGUUCAUCGCGGAGAAGAAGUUCCAUGCGCCAGCCAAUGUCGCUUCCGAGUCAAAAUAUCGGUGAUAUAUCGGCGCCGUCAUUAUUUGGAAGCUCUGGACGAGGUGGUAAUACGACUAAUGAAUGCCUGGAGGAUAUAUCGAUGCCAUCGUUUGGAGGAAUUUCAAGCACUUCCAGGAGACGGAGCCGAAGUCGAAAGCGCCAGUCGAAAUCUCAACAAAUAUCCUCAAAUAUUUCCAAUUCAUCGAAGUCAAAUUCCAGACGUCAUCCCAUGACUAACGAGUGCUUAGAUGACAUGACCAUGCCAUCUAUGGGUGGGGUCUCUGUUACGACCAGAAGACAGAUGACCUUGCCCAGUGAGUGCCUGAACGAUGUAAGUGCCCCAUCUUUUGAGAGGAGCCUAUCCCGAAGUGCUAGUAGAAGGCAAAGAACAUUGCCAGCUCAGAAUCCAUGUGCCAGCUCCACCAGAUGCCCGCCAACGAAUGAGUGUCUGGAGGAUAUAACGAUGCCAUCAUUUGGUGGAGUCUCCUCAGCAGCCUCUGGACGUAGACAGCAGAUGACCAUGCCCAGUGAGUGUCUGGAGGACAUGAGUACACCGUCCUUUGGUGGUAUUUCCGGACCCUCCAGAAGACAAACAACAGCCUUGCCUGAUGAGUGCAUUGAGGACAUAAGUAUGCCGACAUUUGGGAAUAUCUCUGAUGUUUGCCAGUCUGCACGGGACAGGAGUAGAUCAAUUGGUCGGAGUGGGCGAAGUAAGCGGAACAGUGAAUUUCUGGAGGAUGUGACAAUGCCAUCAUUUGGUGGGAUUUCUAGUUCUUCUAGAAGGAAAAGUAUCUCAAGGCGACAGACGAAAACAUCCCAGCCACCUCAAAGCGAUCCAUGUGAAUCCAUGAGAACCAAUGAAUGUUUGGAGGAUAUGACCAUGCCCUCGUAUGGAGAAGUAACGGGAAUAUCAGUAGCAAGUAGUAGCCAACGGCAAAGAACGAUGUCGUCGAGAAGAAGGGGGCAGAUGACCAGUGAAUGCUUGGAUGAUCAGACGAUGCCAUCGUUUGGUGGCAUUUCGCAGCAAUCGGGUCGGAGGACGCCCAGAAGACAGACUGCCUCGUAUGCUGGACCACCACUGGAUACUAAUGAGUGUCUCGAGAACAUAACUAUGCCUUCGUUUGCUGAAAAUACACAAGCCACGAGGAGCAGAAGUUUUCCGUCUGAAUGUCUCGAGGAUAUGACGAUGCCAUCUUGUAGGGAGAACACAGGAUCCUUUAGAGGGAGAAGUCAUCCCACACCGAGGCAAAGUUCUAGACAAGAAUGCCUAGAUGAUAUGACCAUGCCAUCUUUUGGGGCUUCAAGUCAUGGAUAUGCUACCAACGAAUGCCUUGAAGACAUCUCAAUGCCAAACUUUGGAGAAAUUACAGGAUCGUCCAGAGGAAGGAGCCCAAUGCCAGUGCAAAGUCUAAGACAAGCAACGAUGACCAACGAAUGUUUGGAUGAUAUGACGAUGCCGUCUUUUGGCAACUCUUAUCGUGGACGCAACACCAAUGAAUGCCUCGAGGACAUCUCAAUGCCCUCGUACGGAGGUAAUUCCGGGUUUUCCAGAGGAAGGAGUCCCAUGGCAAUGCAAAGAUCCAAUCAGGGAGCACAGACCACAGAGUGCUUGGAUGACAUGACCAUGCCAUCGUUUGGUAGUCCAAAUCGUAGAACUGAUACUAAUGAAUGCCUUGGCGACAUUUCCAUGCCCUCCUAUUUAUCCAAUUCAGGAGCAAAUUCAUCGAGAGGAUGGAGGAGUACUACGCCAAGGCAAGGCAUCAAAAUGGAAGCGAUGACCAAUGAAUGCUUGGAUGACAUGACCAUGCCAUCGUUUGGUAGUCCAAGUCGUGGCCCUAGAACUAAUGAAUGCCUUGAUGGUUCAAGAGCGUCUCACGGAAGGACUCCCAAGCAAAUCCAAAUCUAUCAAGGACCGAUGACCAAUGAAUGUUUGGAAAAUAUGACCAUGCCAUCGUUUGGCACCUUGAGCCGUAGUGCUGCAGCUACGAAUGAAUGUCUUGAGGAUGUCUCAAUGCCUUCCUAUAGUAGGAAUACAGAUUCGUUUCCAGGACGAAGCCGAACUCCUAGGCAGAUAUCCAGACAGGAGAUGAUGACCAACGAAUGUCUGGAUGACAUGACCAUGCCAUCGUAUGAUGAAAUAUUCGGAUCAUCCCGAAGGCAAAUGACCAUGCCAAGUGAGUGCUUGAACGAUGUGACGGAACCGUCCUUCGUGAGGAGUACUUCCCAAGGAAGUAGUCGUAGGAGGAAUAUUAUCCCUUCACGUGGUAAAAGCCCAAGGCCCAAUUCGAUGUCGAUGACGAAUAAUGAGUGCCUGGAGGAUAUGACGAUGCCAACAUUUGGCGACGUCUCUGGGUCAUCGCGGCAGCGCCAUGGUCAAAGCACCAUGAACAGCGUUCGCCUGGAGGAUAUCAGUAUGCCCUCCGGGUUAGCAAAUCGAACCCAGUACAGUGGUGAGGUGUGUGAGGAGGAUAAUGUGAGUGGUGUGCGAGGUCGUGGUCGCACCAAUGAAUGCCUCGAGGAUGUUAGUGCUCCCAGUUUUGCUGCUAGCAGUCAUAUGACCUCAAGAUGUUUGCCCCAGUUGACAAACGAGUGUUUGGAGGAUGUUUCCAUGCCGAUGCAUGAAUCAUCAUUGUCCAGAAACGAUUCUAAAUCAAUAGCUCGACGUCCACCGGACAUUUCCUAUCCCUCGCAAAUGUUGGCCAACGAGAGUGCACCAUCGUUUGCUGCACAUUCGCGACGGGAUGAGCCAGAUAAAUCGGCGGACUGUUCGUGUUCCGGUCCACAGCAGACCUCGAGAAGUCGUCCAUGGGAGAAUGACAAUGUUGCUUGCUUGGAGGAUGUGACAAUGCCAACCUUUGAGGAUGUCUCCUAUCAACCGCGUCGUCAUCAAUUGUCGAUGCCAUGCGAAAAUUUGGAUGAUCAGACGCAGCCAGAUUUCUUUAACUCCACAGCUUUACCAAGUUCGACGAGAGCUGAGAGGCAUAAUGCAAAGUCCCCACGACUGGAGCUGGACAGGAAUGUCAGCAAACAACUGGCCGAUGAGAGUAUGCCAUCUAUACUGAAAGACACCACCAAAGGACCUUCAGAAGUGGUCAAGGAAGUUACCGUUCAGAGCUCGAAAACCUCGGUGACUCGAAUCUUUAACAAGAAAGCCGACGCUUCUAAUACCACCACCGGUGGUGGUCAGCCCAUGAUCGAGGACCUUUCGAUGCCGCAGUUUGAGGCCACAGGCGUUAGUUCCCAUGCAGAUGCUGCCUCUCUGCAUGGUUUCCAAUCCAUGGAUAACUAUAUGCCCUUCAAUGAACUGAUAUAUAGCCAGAAUUCAGUUGGUAAUAAUCAAAGUCAGCCCGAAACUCCGCAACCAGCAAGGGCUGCUCGCAGUCGAAAUCGUAGCCGAGCAACGAGAACACCAAGUAGUCGCGCCGGCGGGUCUACUUCUGCUUCUUCUACAUCACCUACAUCACCUGUCACUUCUGCCACAUCACCGAGUCGAACUCCAGGACAGCCAUGUGAUAGCAUUAGCACUAACUAUCCCUAUGGGAAGCCUCAUUGCUAUAGCCGAAAGCCGCCCUGCUAGAUGGAUGGAUACUCUCGCUGAAGAUAUUUCUGUAAAUUGGAUACCAAAUGGCCUGGAGGUAUAUUUUUUACAUUUUAUUUUUAUAGAGGGAAAGCAAAAAAUAUAAAAAAGAAAUUAUUUUUAGUA